CGUUCAGUCUUGACUCAAACCUGCUAGCUUCGUGAAACCUAAUCUCCGUCUUUAAUCUCCUCGCCUAAGCCUGCCUAUUUUUUUGCCAGAGCAAGCUUGCGUUGUUUUAGUUCUUAGAGAACCCAAUUUUGUAGUGUUUUAUUUGAGUAGAUUCGCCAUGGAUUUCUCAGACGACACGGAUUACACGUGUCCCUUGUGUAUGGAGGAGAUGGAUUCGACAGACAGGAAGUUCCAGCCGUGCCAGUGCGGCUAUCAGAUUUGUCUGUGGUGCUGGCACCACAUCAUGGAGAUGGCCAAUAAGGACCAUCUAGAACCUCGCUGUCCAGCCUGCCGGUCGCCCUACAGCAAAGACAAGGUCGCUUCCAACGGUCCCGAUCUCGACGAUUUCACGGAGUCGGAGAAACGAUCCAAGACGAAAUCCCGGCCGAGGAGCGCGUACGCGACGGCGGAGGGGCGGCGGCAUCUGAGCAACGUGCGCGUGGUUCAGAAGAACCUCGUCUACGUCGUCGGGAUUCCGCUCUCCGUCGCCGACGAAGAGACUCUCGAGCGGCGUGACUACUUCGGCCAGUACGGCAAGGUCGUCAAAGUGGCCGUCUCUCGCUCGAACUCCUCUUUCGGCGGCUCCAUCCAUCCUCCCUCCGCUAACGUGUACGUGACGUAUCUGAGGGAGGAGGACGCUCUUCGCUGCAUCCAGGCCGUUGACGGAUGCCUCUUCGAGAAUCGAACUCUGAGGGCGUGUUUUGGCACUACCAAAUACUGCAACGCCUGGCUGAAGAAUCUGAUCUGCAACAACCCGGAUUGUUUGUACCUCCACGAGUUUGGGACGCAAGAAGACAGUUACACUAAGGAGGAGAUGGUGCAGAGGCAUGGGAUCAGCAAGCACCCCCCUCCGUACUUCGACCCGUCGCAUGCUGUCAAUCGCCGUGCCGCCAACGGGCUGCCGCCGUCGCUUGACACGCAGUUGGAGAAGAGCUCGGCUGUGCCGUCAGCGAGCCACCCGGCGACGACAGCCAAGGUGUUCACGCUGGGCCCGUCAACGGCGCCCAAGACUGGAGGCCUGCUCCCCGCAGCCGCCUCGUGGGGCUCGAGGGCCGGAAAAGUCGUCCUUUCCGCGUCAAAACCGGCUACCACCAGCACAGUUUCGCCAGCGAUAUCCGUCCCAGCAGCGAAACCCAUCCCUGCAUCCACGCCCACGACAUCCUCGUCAUGGUCCUCAUCCAACGGCCCACAAUUGUUCAAACCAUCCGCAGCGGUGCUCAGUGGCCGGGUAAUCCACGCCAGCGCGCACUCCCCUCCAGUGAUCUCACAUGUGAACGCCGCGCAGAGCGCAGCGGGCGCGGGGAUAGGGUUUGGGUCGUUGCAGGAUAAGCAGGCGCAUCGCAAGUCGCCGCCCAGCCUGCUGUCGCAAGCGGCGCCUGUGCGAUCCGCAGCGUCCACCACCGUGGGUUUCCAGCCCUCGGGAGCGUCGAAUUCCGCCGCCUCAGUCGCCAGAACAGCAGCAACGGCAGCCCUCGCCUCGGGGCCUGCAAGAGCGUCGUCCGCAGCAGUAGCAGCAGGAGCACCUGGAGCUAGUUUAGGCGGUUCGCAGCAGAGAGUAGCAGCUGGUGUCGCUGCAGCCGGUGCGGCCGGUUCGUUAGGCUCCGCAGCUGGUGGUUCGGGUGCAUCGGGUAGCGCACGGGGUAAAGCUCAAUCGCCGUCGAAGCAGAGGUCCCGGUUGGUGGUGCUGGGGCACGCGGCCCAGGCGAAGACUUCGUCGCUAGGCAGGGAAUCACCCACUCCCGCGCAGCUCGCGUCAGGUACCGCAUCAGGUGGUUCGUCAGGUGGGUUAGCAGGUGAGCACGACUACGCGUCUGCUGUGGCAGGUCGGGCUGCUGGUGGCGGGGCAACAGCAACGAGCAGCAGCGGAUCGAAGAAGGGUUUGAACGGGAUGCAUGCUCAUAAAGCGUCGCGGUCUGAGGAUAUGGAAGGGGUGGAGUGCGGUGAUGCCAGCACGAGCUCUAGUGCUGCCAGCGGCAGUAGGAAAGGGGCGAAGGAGGGGGGCAGCGAGAAGAGUGGGAAGGAAGGGAAAGGUAGAAAGGGUGCGAAAGACGAGGCGUGUAGAAAUAGCGAGACAGUCAAAAACGAGGAAUCGAAGAAGCGGGUUUCGAUGGAAGACUGCGUGGAGGGCCGGGAAGGAGAGAAGGAGAACACGGGGGCGCCGAGAGCAGGAGGCAAGGGCCAUGCGCAGCAGGCAGAGGGUGGUGAGAGUGGCGCAGGGAAGGGCGGUGGCGGGAAGAAAGGCAAGAAGAAGAAGGGUGAGAGCGGAGUAGUGCGAGUGAUGGUUGAGGCGGACGAUUCGCGGAGCUGGGAGGAGCUGCAUGGGGUGGAGGACGAGGAGGAGAAGCGGACGCAGGAGGAGAAGCGGAUGCAGGAGGUGGGUCAGGAGCGGGUCGAGAGGAAAGAGGGUGCGCAGGCAAGUGCGCAGGGUAGUUUACAGACGAGUUUGCAGGCAGCUUUGCAGAUUAGGGCGCUGGCGUUUGAUCCCAUGCGGCUGGAUGCUCUGAAAAGGUCAGCGAAAGCCGGUGAUGGCAGUGCAGGAGAGAAGGGAUCGGACAGGGGGAAAGAAGGCUGUGAGGGGGAUAAGGCGAAGGGGCGGAGUGACGCGGAUACUAGGGCGGGGAAGGAAGAAGAGAAGACAAAGGCGAAAGUGGGUGGCCGUAGUGAAGGCGAGAAGAAGGGUAAGAAUAGAGGGCAGGCGGAGGGAGAUAAGAAGAAGUCAAAGGGGGCAGCAGCGAAGGAACCUGAUAAGGAUAAGUCGAAGGGGAGGGCUGAAAGGGUGGAGAAGCGUGAAGCAGCCUCGUCCAAACGUUCAAAGGCGGAGAGCAAGAAGAAAGACGAGGUUACUCAGAGCUCCACUCUAAGUCAAGAGCUGCAAACAGAUGUAAUCAGCGCAGCCAUGGAGGAAGAUAGACAGGAAGAGACGCAGGAGUCAGGGAGUGAGUCUGCUAAUAUGGAUCUAGAUGCGGAGCCAGAGGCAUCAACAGGGGCAGGCGAGGGUGAGGGGUUGAAGGAGGAGGGAGGGGUAGAGGAGGAGUGUCUUCCAGACGAGGAUGAGCUCUCAGUGCUGAUUGCUGGCGACAUGGUGGCAUCAGCAUCGGCUAUCCAGCUGCCAGAAGAUAGCGAGGGCGCAGAGAGUGCUGCUGAGGGGGAGCCGGAUCAAGCCAAGCGGGCUUCUGUGGGUGGUUCUGCUGGUGGGGCAGUUGCCAUGGGAGAGCAGGCGGGCAAGUCCAUAGAUGCGCCCAAGGGCAUGAACGGGAGCAUACUGCCGGCAAGACACGGUGCUCUAGUCGAAGCUGCAGCGCCAACGAGAGGCGAGGGGCGCGGGGAAGGGCAGCGGAACGAGUCAAAGGGGCGGAACGAGUCAAAGGGGGAGGGGCAGCGGAACGAGUCGAAUGGGGAGGGGCAGCGGAACGAGUCGAAUGGGGAGGGGCAGCGGAACGAGUUUCAUGUGAUUGCGGACAUUCUCGACAUGGACGCGGACGAGUGGGGCACAGGGGCCUUUGGCUCCUCUGGGGCGCUGUCUAAGCUGCUGCGAGGGAGCUUCAAGGACCCCCUGCCAGCACCAGAGGCAGGAACAGGGGCAGGAACAGGAGCAGGAGCAGGGGCAGGAACACGGGCAGGAACAGGGGCAGGAGCAGGGGCUGGAGUAGGGGGAGCAGGGGCAGGGGCAAGAGUGGUAUCAGGAGAAGAGGGUGAAGGGAAGGAUAGUGCUGCUGCCGCAACCCCGGAAGCAGUGGAAGCAGCACCAGCACCGGCACCAGCACCAGCACCUGCACCUGCACCAGCACCUGCACCUGCCAUCCCCCCGUCCCUCUCGCGGAGAUCUCGCUUCCGCUUUGCUCAGGAGGAAACUGGUGGAGGUUCAUCUGCGGAGGGCGCAGCAGGGGGAGCAGGUGAUGGCAGUGGGCAGGGGGAUGGGCUUCACGGGUCCCUGUUUGGCUCCCUUGGCUUCGGCUUGGGACUUGGCAGCGGUGGGGCUGACAGUGGCGCCAGCAGCGCGAGAGCUGCCUCUGCUGCCAGUACUAUCAGUGGUGGUGGGAGUGAGAGAAACGCAGCUUAUGACUCGCCCGGUGGCAGCAGCUUUGGGAGCAGGGACGUGGGUUCCAAGGGUGACUCUGAUACCCUGCAGCAGCAGCAGCAGCAGCAGCAGCAGCAGGUGUGGAAGCCAGAAGCCUCUGUGGGGCCAGUCCGGUUGUCCUCUUCCGAAGCACCACCAGACAGUUCUAGCCCUGGCAUGAGCUCAUCCCAGCCGUUCGAUGCCGCUGCAUCUGACGUGCCUCAGGGUUCGCAGCCCUCCACCCUCACUUCCUCGCGAAGCUUCAGUCUCAGGGCGGGGGCCACUUCAGUGUCAACACUGGCGCCCCCGCCUGGCUUUGCCAAGAGGCCUGACUCGGUUCCUCCUGGCUUUGGCCGCACGUCCCCAGCACUACCAGGCGGCGCCAUGCAACCCCCGCCAGGCUUUGGCCCUCUCCCUGCCAAGACCUCUCCCGCACCGGCAUCAGCAGUGCUGCCAGCAGAGCAGCCUGGGCAGUCGUCAGGCUCGGAGUCAACCCUAGAAGCUGCUACAGCAGCCUCAGGCCGCGCAUCCCCUGCAGUGAUCUCACAGCACCCAACACUCGCCAACUCCACCCAACACAUGGCCGUCACGUCAACCCCGUCCCCUGACCCAUCAAGGGAGAACAGGGGCGAGAAUUUGAGCUUGGGUGGGGAAGCGGGUGGGGAAGCAGCAGGCAUGGAGGCUGGAGCCAGUGAGAUGGGGCCCAUGGCAGAGCUACUCAUGCGGAUAGGCGUCACAGUGAACCCAGGUGCAGGGGUGAACGGCGCAGCUGUGAAACCAGGCGUGGGAGCAGAUGCAAGCAUGGGUACAGCGCUGGAUCCAGGUGCUUCUGCAGCAGUCGAAGGAACAGGCAUCUCAGUCUUUGCUUCGAGGAAUGGUUUGCCGCCGAUUAGGGAGCGGGAGGCAGCAGAUGCAGUCGACUCGCCUGUGGAUGGCAGGGAGGGGCGUGGCUUGGCUGGCCCACAGAACGGGCUUUCCUCUCUCUUUCCUGGCUUGGGUGGAGUGCCCGAAGCAGGGGGUGCUGAAGCAGAAGUGGCUAGCUCGCUUGACUUGGAGUUUGUGGAUCCAGCGAUCAUGGCAGUGGGGAGGGAUGCCCUGCUGCGCGAUGCUGGCUCAUCCUCGCUGGGAGGGGUGCGCGUGUCCAAUGCUGCUUCUUCCCAGGACAGGAACGUGCUCAGCUCGCUUUUCAUGGGAGCCGCUGCUAGCCUAUGCAGGCCCGCAGAGGGGAUUGGGCUAGGCGUGGGAAGCAGUGUUGGCAGCGGCAUUGGCAACCGGAGUCCGGCCCCUGCCAUGGACAACGCUGAUGCGUCCUCCCACUUGGUGAAUAUUCUGAAAGGGCUGUCUCUGGGGGCCCAGCAGCAGCAGCAGCAGCAGCAACAGCAGCAGUCGGUACAUCCCUUUGCACUGUCAAAAAGUUAUAUAGAGCCGCAGUUGAUGCAGCCCCAGGCGCAGCAGCAGCACUAUCAUCAGCACCAGCAGUAUCAGCAGCAGCAGCAGCAGCUGGGUCUGGGCUCAGGGCCCGUGCAGCAGCAGCCUUUCUCCGGGGGUCCACCCCUCCAUUUCUCCUCCCUGGCCUUGCACUCGCCCUCGCCCAAUCCCCUCUCUUCUGGAGACCCUCACCCUUCAGCUGGCAUAAGAGCCCCCCUGGGCGAUGGGCCCUUUAUGAACGGCCCAGGAGCUUCCACGCAGCCACGGCUGUACCCUGGUCUGUCCGCCUUUGACCAUCCUCUCUCACAGCACCCACACUCCUCCCCUUCCACCGGACCCCCCUCGGACCACUUACGGCAGGAAUCGGAUUCUCUGCGGGCCUUCCUGGGCGCACCCAACGGCCCGUCCGCUGCUUCGAAGGGAAUGCUUUUCAGCACCUCGGGAGCUCCAGACGACAGUUCAGGGUUAGGGUUAGGGUUAGGGUUAGGGACCGCGGCAGGCCUGCACCCAUCCAGCAACCUACCCUCCCUGGCUGGCCAGCCCCAGGAGUCUCGCCCUUUUGCUGACCCUUCAUCUGCCCUGGACCCUGCACGCAUGGGUGGCGGCUCAGGCCUAGGGUUCUCAGCACAGGCAGCAGGAGGAACAGGCUGGUCUGCUGUCCCGUCUGGCAGGGUGGGGGGCGGCAGGGUGGGGCUGGAUCUGGGAGGUAUGGCAGGGAAAGGAUCGGGCUUGCCUUCGUUUGGCGGCCUGUCUGGUCUGUCGGGGCUCUCUCGCAUGGUGCCCACCGUGCCAAACGCCACGGGGCAGGGCUCGCAUGUGCCCUUCACUGGCCUGCCCCCUGGGCUCGGUUCCACCAGGGCGGGAUCAGGGUUUCUGUCAGGUGGAAGUGGUGGGUGGAGUGGUGGAGAGCGGUUACCGGGUGUUAGCUUGGCUGGUUUUGGGUUGAGAGAGCAGCAGCAGACGCAGCGGAUGGUGGGGGGGAGUGGUUUUAGGGACAUGGGGCAAGGGGAUGGGGCCUCUGCUCAUUUGAUGUCCUUCCACCAGCAGCAGCAGCAGCAGCAGCAGCAGCAGCAGCAGCAGCAGCAGCAGCAGCAGCAGCAGCAGCAGCAGCAGCAGCAACAGCAACAGCAACAGCAACAGCAACAUCAACAACACCAGCACCAGCACCAGCAGCAGAACCUCCAGCAGCAGCAGCAGCAGCAACUGCUCUUGCACAUGCAGCAACCGCAACAGCACCAUUUGCAUCAGGCGCACAUGCAUGCACUGCCACAGAACCACACAUCCCCUUCACCCCAGCAGCAGCAGCACUUCCCUCCCCGUCUCAACCAGCCCCCGCCCCUAGACCUCUGGCAGACAACUCUAGGCGGCUCGGCUUUUCCCCAGAAUGCAGGCCUGGAGCAGGGCGCCCCAGGAGGGCGUAGGAGCGGCCUGGGAAUGGGGCAGACGGGGUCGGCAGUGGGCCCGGGUGGGGUGGGGGCAUCAGGGUUGGGGGAAUCGCGGCAUGCUCGGCUGGGGUUUGCGCUGCUGCCGGCAGGGGAGGGCGAACAGCAGGCCAGUGGAGGUUGGGCGGGGCAUGACAAGCGCAGCUUCCUCGGGCAGGGCAUGAAUGGCACGCCUUGGUGACAGUGGUGACAGUGGUGAGAGUGGUGACAGUGGUGAGAGUGGUGACAGUGGUGACAGUGGUGACAGUGGUGACAGUGGUGACAGUGGUGAGAGUGGUGACAGUGGUGACAGUGGUGACAGUGGUGACAGUGGUGACAGUGGUGACAGUGGUGACAGUGGUGACAGUGGUGACAGUGGUGACAGUGGUGACAGUGGUGACAGUGGUGGCAGUGGUGACAGUGGUGACAGUGGUGACAGUGGUGGCAGUGGUGACAGUGGUGACAGUGGUGGCAGUGCUGACAGUGCUGACAGUGGUGACAGUGGUGGCGCGCCUUGGUGACACUGGUGUGUCGAUGUUCCUCAGCAUAACUGCGCGCAGGAUCGCAAACGCUAGUACCAUAUUGUGGUUAUGUGCACCAUCUAGGCCUUUGCUUUGCAGGCCCUGUUGAAAGUACAUCAAAAGACUUGAGCGUUUCUGAAGUGUAACACUACACUCGAGGAAGAUUGCAAACGGUACGCGAGUCAACGGAGGUUACACGAGGGGGCGGACAAAGAACACGAAGGGUUUGGGACUCAAAGGGUCGCAACUGGAGGUUGCGACUGACCGUUACAACAGCACGGAUGGUAACCGAAGCGACAAUCGAGUCGCUGUACGACUCGAUAAACCGCUACUGCAACUGUACUCUACAACUGUUCCUUAUCUUCUAUAUAUUGCUUGUAACACUACACUCGAGGAAGAUUGCAAACGGUACGCGAGUCAACGGAGGUUACACGAGGGGGCGGACAAAGAACACGAAGGGUUUGGGACUCAAAGGGUCGCAACUGGAGGUUGCGACUGACCGUUACAACAGCACGGAUGGUAACCGAAGCGACAAUCGAGUCGCUGUACGACUCGAUAAACCGCUACUGCAACUGUACUCUACAACUGUUCCUUAUCUUCUAUAUAUUGCUGUAUGUUUGCCUUUUUUAUUAAUCACUUGUUC